CACCACAAACACAAUCUCACUGUCCUGUCCGAAACUAAAAACCCUAACCUAACCCUAAUUUUAGAAACACAGAUCAAUCACCAUGCCGGAGGCAACCCAAAAGCCAAUGCGAUGGGGCGAGCUAGACGAGGACGAAGGGGAGGAUCUUGACUUUCUAUUGCCGCCGAAGCAAGUCAUCGGACCCGACGAGCACGGCAUCAAGAGAGUCAUAGAGUACAAAUUCAACGACGAAGGUAACAAAAUUAAGAUUACGACGACCACCAGAGUCCGAAAAUUAGCUAAAGCUAGGCUAAGUAAAAGUGCUGUGGAGAGGAGAAAUUGGGCAAAAUUUGGUGAUGCUGUUCAUGAAGACGUUGGUGCGAGAUUGACUAUGGUGUCUACUGAGGAGAUCUUGCUUGAACGACCUAGGGCCCAUGGUGCCAAAAUGGAAGAAUCCAAAUUACAAGGGGAUAGCAUGACUCAGUUAGGUAAAGCUGGGGCUGUUCUCAUGGUGUGCAGAACUUGCGGUAAGAAAGGCGACCACUGGACAUCCCGGUGCCCAUACAAGGAUCUCGCACAACCAGCUGAAACCUUCAUUGACAAACCAGCUACAUCAGAGACUGCAACUGCCGCUUCUGGGACCACCAAAGCUGCUUAUGUGCCACCAAGCAUGAGAGCAGGUGCUGAGCGAACCAGUGGAUCAGAUAUGAGGCGUAGGAACGAAGAGAAUUCUGUUCGUGUCACCAAUUUAUCGGAGGACACUAGAGAGCCCGACUUGCUCGAGUUGUUUCGUACAUUUGGCGCCGUUAGUCGUGUUUAUGUGGCUAUUGAUCAGAAGACUGGUGUCAGCAGGGGUUUUGGUUUUGUUAACUUUGUUAACAAAGAAGACGCUGAGCGGGCUAUCAACAAGCUUAACGGAUACGGUUAUGACAAUCUAAUUCUUCGGGUGGAGUGGGCAACACCAAGAGCUAAUUAGAUUGUUAGAAUUUCCAUCCACAAUUCGUCACAACUUUCAGCUAUUUUGUUAUAUUCCUGAGGUCUCUUUAUUCUCCUUUGAGGACUUUUUUGUUUAUAAUCUUUUAUUUAAGAUUUAUUUAAUAGGCUCUUUAUUUGGAUCAAAAAAUGGAUGAUAAUGUUAUUUUUUGUUUUCUUUUGUUA